AUUGCGAAAUGGCGGCAACUUAAGCCAAUCUUACAAAUCUUGAACCGCCUCUGUAUAAUCUCUACUUAUAUAUCUCCAUUUGUCUCUCUUUUUGUAUUAUGCAAAAGAAAACAAGAAACCAAAAAAGUAGUUUCAGCUUUGGCACUACCUAGCUUGAAAAAAAAAAAAAGGUCCCAAGGGUUUGUUUUAGCUACAAAUUUUGGAGUUGACUAUAGUGAUUAGAUAGAGCUUUUUUCUAUGGGGAAAGGGGAAAACACUGAGCUUCUUGAUUUAAAGAUGAAGACCACUGAAUCAUCUUCACACCCUUAUAAAAGAAGCAUGUCUAUGGCCCCUUCUUCUGAUCCUCAUUUUUUGCCUUCAUCAGGGAAAGAUACAGGUGUUGUUGAUGGUGGGCCCGGUGAUUUUGUGGGUAGCGAUAUCUACGAUGCUAUGAGCUCUAAGGCUUUGCAACCUUUCAACACUUCUGCUAGAGGAAGCAUGGGUGUUCUUGGAAAAGCUCCUUUUACAGCCACCCAGCUACAGGAGUUUCAAAGACAAACAAUAAUAUGCAAGUACAUAGUGGCAUCCAUGCCUGUUCCUCCCCAGCUACUCCUUCCUUUGUCUAAUAAUCCAGCGCAUAUUCCUCAAUCUAACACAUCGGGUUUGGAUUUGAAGUUCUCAAGUGGGUCGGAUCCAGAGCCAUGGAGGUGUAAAAGAACAGAUGGAAAAAAAUGGAGGUGCUCAAGGGAUGUAGCUCCGGAUCAGAAAUAUUGUGAACGUCAUGCCCACAAAAGUAAACCCCGUUCAAGAAAGCCUGUGGAAAUUCACACCACUAACAAUAAUUCCAAUCGAAACCACCCUCCUACUCCCAAAUCUAACAACCACCAACACUCUUUUCAGUUCCCCACUGUGCAACUCUCGUCUGACCAAAACAGCUGUUUUGAGUGGUUAGGGAGAGGAGACAGAAGUGGAACCAUCCCUGUCGUUACUUGUAAUAACCAGCAAAAUUUGCAGCAACUUAUGCAAUCAUCUUCUGGAGUGGGAUUCAACAUUGACCACACUGACCAAAACAGAAGAAAUUCACCUGCAUUUCAAGUGCAAGACGAAGCGAAAGUAUAUCCAAUGAACUUUAAUCAGUACAUGUCUAGUAGUUGUGGCCAGAUAUUGGGAAGUCAAUUAAAGAAUGAACAGUGUAAUGACUCGGUAAUUGCCUCGUUACAGGGCAGAGGAACAACUAGGGACCUUUUCGAUGGUUGGUCAAAAGACGGACUUAAUGAUGGUAUAAGCAACAAUGGCUCAUUUACUUCGCUAACACUCUCAAUGGCUGGUUGGAACCGUGGGAUGGAAAAUGAUAACGAACACACGCCCUUGAGCAUUGGAAGCAGUGAUGACGUUUUGAGGUCCCAGUGGCUUAAUCCUGUUUCUUGGAUGAGUUCAACAGCACCAGGAGGACCUUUAGGUGAAGCAUUGUGUCUUGGAAAUGCUACUAAUUUGCCUUCACCUCAUGGUUAUAGUAAUAGUACUGCUAACAGCAGCUGCAACAGCUUUGGUUCCUGCGAGAAUGGUAGCCAUGGACUCGAUUUCAUCGGGUGAUCAUGCGAUCUUGGCAGCCUGUAAAAUGGUGAAAAGCAUGAUAUAUGUCCCAUCUUUUUUUAUUCUGAGUAAAAGAAUUUGGAAAAAUUAACAAGCCCAUCUUUUUGUUCAAUUUCAGCUCUAAGUUUUCUUUCA